AUGCUUUCCCAUGUAUUUGUUUGGUCGAUAUUCGGCAUUGUAGCCAAUGUACUAUGCGUUCCUCAGUUCACACCAUAUCUAAAGCGACUUACAGUUAAAGAAUCAGAUGGCGGCAGCGGUUUUCUUGUUUUAGAUCCGAUUUGGAACUCAGAAAAUCGCAAAAGGGAGUGGAGCAUGGCCAUAAAACUAUGGUGGCGUGGUCUAGGACUGUUUGCUUUUGUUUCUUUGAUAAGUUGUUGGUCUGUUUUGUCAAAAGAACAAAAAAUCGAUUAUAUUCCAUCUAUUGUUGUUUUUAUUUUGACAAACAUCAUAAGGUAUCAACCUUGGGAACUAGAUAACACUAAAGUUUUCUACGCAGCAUGGAUUCCUUUCGCUAUACAUUGCUAUGGAUUGUUCAUUGCAAAAUUGCUUAGACACAAAACGUGGAGAGUCAUAGGUGUAAUUAUCCUUUUCUUCUCUUGUUUGUCUGCAAUUAGAUUAUACGUAUUAGAAAUGUCAACAUCAACUCCAAUGUUCGAAGAUGACGCCGUUGAAUUUGGCAAAUGGGUGUCGGAAAAUACCCCAACAGAUGCAAUUUGGCUGACGGACCAAUGGCACAGCAAUCCUGUCCUGACAAUGGCUGGAAGACAGAGCUACAUGGGAUACGGAGGAUGGCUGUUGUCACAUGGACUGGAUUAUUUCGGAAGAGAUAGAGAUUCUAAUUAUAUGAUGGAACAUCCGGAAGAUUCGGACUUUUUCAUCAAAAGAAAUAUAACUUAUGCAGUUUCUUAUCAGAAAGCAUUUAAAAAUUGGGCAAAUAUUACUUCUGAUAACGGAUGGGUUAAAAUUUAUGAAUAUGAAAGGUUUGAAUGUUGGAAAUAUAUACCAAAUUCAACACAAAUAUAA